AUGUUCACAGCCGAAGGGUCGUUUGAGAAAUCCAUUUCUGGGAUAAUCACAUUCGAAGAGACGCUCAUGAAACUCGAUGCUCAGCUGGAUUCCAAGUACAAAGGCAAAUCCUUCGUGAGCAUCAUCAAGGAACGCGGCAUCAUCCCUGGUAUCAAAGUCGACAAUGGUACUGUGGCACUGCCACGUACGUCACCCGAGGAAACAACAACCCAAGGAUUGGAUGGUUUGUUCCGCAGAUGCAAGCAGUGCCAUGAGCGAGACGCUCACUUCAGUAAAUGGCGCUGUCCUUAUAUUGUCCCUCCCUCCACGCUGUCACCUCUUUCUAUCAUGGACAACGCCGAGGACCUAGCAAGAUAUGCUGCCAUCUCGCAGCAGGCUGGUCUCAUCCCAAUUGUCGAGCCCGAAGUGUUAAUGACGCACGAUCAGCCGCUAGAACGUUCUCUGGAGGCUCAUAUUGCUGCCUAUUCUGCAAUGUUCGAGAGAUUGUCUCUGCACAAGGUCGAUUUUGCUGGUCUAGUCUUGAAAGCUUCCAUGGUUGUCCGGGGAGACCAAUCCGGCCAGAGAGCGACCCCGACACAGGUCGCAGAAGCCACUGUGUAUCUGCUGAGCAAGACAGUCCCGCCACUUGUACCAACCAUCGUCUUCCUUUCUGGCAGUCUUAGCGACUCGGACUCAAUCUCGUUCCUCAACGCCAUCAACAAAAAGAAGCAAUCCAAUCCAAAUGCGGCUCCUUGGGCUUUGACAUUCGCCUUCAGUCGUGCAUUACAAGGUGUCGCUAUGCAGGUUUGGGCAGACGAAAAGCUGAAAGAAAGCCAAGAUCAGUGGGUUGAUCGAGCAAAGUGGUUUGGACAAGCUGCUACGGGCAGAUAUGAGGGAGGUUGUCCUUCAUAG